AUUUGCUGUUUAGUUGCAUAGACACUGCUUCCAUAUUAAGGUAUGCUAGCUAUGAGUUGGGUUCCUUAGCCAUUUCCAAGUACCUGGUUGCUUUCUGAAUUCAGCGAGUUUCGGAAUGGCGACGAGCGCCAACAGCGGUGGCGGUGGCAACCAAACCUACAAACCCUACCGGCACUUGAAAACCCUAACUGGCCACGAAAGCGCCGUGUCAUGCGUGAAGUUCUCGAACAACGGAACGCUAUUAGCCUCGGCAUCCCUCGACAAAACCCUAAUUAUUUGGUCAUCUGCCACGCUCUCCCUCCUGCACCGCCUUGUCGGCCACUCUGAGGGCAUCUCUGACCUGGCCUGGUCCUCGGAUUCGGACUCUCACUAUAUCUGCUCUGCCUCCGACGACUGCACCAUCCGAAUCUGGGACGCCACCGGGGGCGAUUGCGUGAAGAUCCUCCGCGGCCAUUCUGAUGCGGUCUUCUGUGUGAAUUUCAAUCCCCAAUCAAGCUACAUCGUGUCCGGGUCCUUUGACGAGAGCAUUAGGGUUUGGGAUGUGAAGACCGGCAAAUGCGUCCAAGUCAUCAACGGCCACUCCAUGCCUGUCACCUCUGUGCACUACAACCGCGAGGGCACCCUCAUCCUCUCUGCCAGCCACGAUGGCUCUUGCAAAGUUUGGGACACCAAAACCUUUGCUCCAUUGAAAACCCUCAUCGACGAUAAGGUUCCUGCUGUCUCCUUCGCCAAAUUCUCCCCCAAUGGCAAGUUCAUUCUGGUCGCAACUCUGAAUGACACCCUCAAGCUCUGGAACUACGGGAGUGGGAAGUUCUUAAAAAUAUAUUCUGGGCAUGUGAAUAGAGUAUACUGCAUAACUUCUACAUUUUCUGUGACUAAUGGGAGAUAUAUUGUUAGCGGUUCUGAAGAUUGCUGCGUUUAUUUAUGGGAUCUUCAGCAGAAAAAUAUGAUUCAGAGACUUGAAGGCCAUACAGAUACUGUAAUAUCUGUUACUUGUCACCCCACAGAGAACAAAAUUGCUUCCGCUGGUCUCGCUCGAGAUGCAACUGUGAGGGUUUGGGUACAGGAUUCCUGAAUAAUAUUGAAAUUAUAGGGUGUUUUAAAACAACUAAUACUAAUGCACGGUGAUCUCUUUUGGGCACUAUUCCGUCUUUUUUUUUUUUUUUUUGUAAAUAUAUUUUUCAUUACUUGAUUGUAAACUCAUCACAUUUCUAGACAUCUAGUGUUACACGUCUAAUGUGUGAUGUGAAGUAUGAGUCUUGUAUGUUACCUAUCCAAAUUUCUUCACUAUAUUCUUUUGUAUUGUUUGUGCCUCGUUUGGUGGGAUUUUCUCAGAUUUUAAAGAAUAGAAUGUGGUGGUUUUCUUAAAAGUAA